AUACCCCGGCAAGUGAGUGAUAUGAAAGUUCUCGCCAGUUGCUCUGGCCUCGCUAAGAUGUUGGGCUACGACGCCGAAUCGGCGAAGGUGGUGGUUUUGGCGAGCAGUGCCUCCAUGGCACUGAGCUUUGACGCGGAUGCGCGCGAAGUUCGGUGCCAGAUCGCAUCGCUGAGUGAGGAAGAGUGCAAGCAGCAGGAGGAGCUCGCCAAGCACCUGAAAGCCCAGACCCUCGAGGAGGUCCGGCAGGAAGCCAUGGGCGAGCAGGGAAAGGAGAUCAAGCGCUUCUUCGGCAUCGAUGCGCAGGGCGGCUUUGGCCCAGAAAAGGUCAAGGCUGCCAAGGAGGUGGCGCGCCGCGUGGCCGACGCCCCGUUCAACCAGUGUGUCAGGGCCGAGGACUUUGAGGCACGUUUCACCAGCAAACACCUAGCACAGGCAGUGAAGGCACAAGGUGCCCACUGCAUCUACGUCAAGGCCACCACUAAGGCCGAUGAGCGGUAUUGUGCAGCGUCACCGUCAGUGCACGUUCUGCUCAAGCGGAAGACCAGGUGGUUGGGAAUCUUCUGA